GUCAAACACAGGGAUGAUGAUGAUGAUGUGAAGUGACCGAAAACUCCGGGGGGAUAAACUUUGUUUUUUGCCGAGCUGCCGUCUGUUCCUGGUCGGUUUUCUGGAUUAUUUAACUGCAGCACAGAGCCGAACGUUCGGGUUUAACUUUCACUGGCCGCCGCUCUUCGUUUAAACUGAGGAAACUUAAUCUCGCUCACUUUUUAGUCGGCGACAUUGACCGUCGAGCUAACUGUGUUAGCGACAGCCGAGCUAAGCAGCAGAGUCGGUAAACGGAGCGGAACAAUAGCACGGUCACCGGGCGAAGCUAACACUAACAUGUAACCGAUGUGCUAGCUAUAGCCACUUUAGCUUCUCGUGUAGUUAUAGCGUGUGUAGCGCGGCAUUCAACCUGGUACCGUCAACAGAGGAGGAUGUCUCGGAGGCGACUGGACAGUCGCAGCGGACUCUCCGCGGGGCUGCUCAGCGAAACUCAGACCCCCAUCAGCACCGAGCCCAUGGAGAGUGUCUAUGAAAUGACCGGAGAGCUGGGGAGGGGGAAGUUUGCAGUGGUGAAACGCUGCGUGGAGAAGGCGUCGGGCAAAGUGUUUGCUGCUAAGUUCCUGCGGAAAAGGAGGAGAGGUCGCGACUGCCGGGCCGAAGUCAUUCACGAGAUGGCCGUUCUGGAAAUGGCCCGCAAUAACGCCCGGGUGGUCAACCUGUAUGCUGCUUAUGAGACGGAUCACGACAUCGUCUUAAUGCUGGAAUAUGCGGCAGGUGGAGAGAUAUUUGACCACUGUGUGUCUGACGAGUUGCUGUCGGAGGCGCAGAUCACUCGUCUGAUCAGGCAAACACUGGAGGGAGUCCACUACCUCCACCAGAGCAGCCUGGUGCACUUAGACCUCAAGCCGCAGAAUAUUCUCCUGACCAGCCUGUCGCCUCCAGGAGACAUAAAAAUCGUAGACUUUGGCCUGGCCCGUAGGUUGGGUGCGGUUGGAGAGCUCCGAGAGAUUCUUGGCACACCUGAAUACGUGGCUCCAGAGAUCCUGAAUUAUGAACCCAUCACAACAGCGACUGACCUGUGGAGUGUCGGUGUUAUAGCCUACAUGCUUGUGACGGGCGAGUCUCCGUUCGCGGGGGACGACAAGCAGGAGACGUUCCUGAACGUGUCCCAGGUGAACGUGGACUACAGCAGGGAGGCCUUCUCCAAGGUUUCCGAGCUGGCCGUGGACUUCAUCCGCAAACUGCUCGUUAAAGCGCCAGAGGACCGGCCCAGCGCCGCAGAGUGCAUGAGUCACCCGUGGCUGUGGCAGCAGCAGUUCUGUCUGAGCCCCGACUCCACGCCCAGCACGCGCACGGUCCGCGAGAGGAGCUGCGGCACCAAGUGGGCAGCGCCACCCGAAGACCCCGAAGACAAGGAGAACUUCCUGGAGUCCCCGCACUCUCACGCCAAGAGGUUCCGUUUCGACGAGGAAACCUUCGCCCCCGGGGACGGUGACUUUUGAAAAAAACAACAAAAAAAAACCAACAACAACAAAAAAAAAGGCAACUUCCCCCGAGCUUUUAAAGUCUUUUAAUCCUUCACAAAAACCAGCCACCACCACUCAACUGUACUUAGGUUGCGUUCAUAUUCCGCUAAUCUGCAAAAUUCCAAGAUCCUCCACUCAAAACCAAAGAUAACCAGCUAUAUUGUGAGAUCUGUCACUGAUCCGUCGCUGUUAAAAGUGUGAAUAUGUGUGUGUGUGUGUCUGUUAAUGCCAUGUGUUUAACCUAAAGUAUUUAAUUCCUUCUAAUCUUUGGUAUUUUCAGGGCCUGUGUGUAUCUGUCCCUGUAACUGAUGAAGGCUAGUGAGGAGUAAUUCCAGGGAAAUCUAUGCAAUACUUCUCUUUUAUAUUUCAAAACCUUUUUACUUUUGUUUUCUUUGGCAAGAACCCGUAGAGGAACUCAUCUGCACGCUGCCUUACUUGUGGCACAGGAAGUGUUUCACUUCAGCGGAACCGCGUGAUAUCGAGAGAAGCAGCGUGACAGUUGUCCCUCGUUUGCAUGUUGACGAGAACUCCUCUGGUCACCAGGUAGAAAACACGCUGCUCUCCAUGUCUUCACUGUGUCUCUUUGGUCCACUCAGCAGGACACGAAUACAUUCCUUCAGGUUCGCCUCGUCCCCUUGAUGUCUUAAAGCCAUACUUUGCGUGUUUUAUGUCCACAGAGAUUUGAGUUUUGGCCCCGAACGGUCCUGCAGUCACAAAGUUUUAUAAGGUUCUAGAAAAAGAGGACAUUGUGGACCGUUAGUGGACCCUCUGUGGGCUUUACUGUCACUGUCACCUUCCUCAUGACUAAUCCUGUUUAGCUCAGGACUUCAGAUAAAACACAUUUUUAAUAACUGGAACCAAAACACUUCCACAUUUUCACAUGCACUCACACUUCUUUAUUAUUUUUUUUUAAUUGUGUGGCGUCACACUCUGCUGAACUGUCACUGUGGAUCCGUUGCUGAUGCUGGCUUCUCUCGUCCCCGUCUCGCUACGUCGCCAUCGCGUUAGUUUCAGUAGCAGCUCUUGCUACGACGCUACGUACGCCCACCGCUACGCCUUAAAGCGACGCGUACGCAUAAGUGCAAGUGCAGUGUUUGUGUUAAAGCUGCUGUCAGUGAUGUCGUCUUCUGCUGUUAGCGUCGCGCCAUGAACACAUGCACCUAAAGAGCAGAGAGGACCACCUCUUUCUGGAGUUUUGCUAGGUUUAACAUCAGAGGCUGAGAGUGAGGCCCCGUACACACGAGAACAAGUUUAGGAGAAUCCGCAAAACGUUUUUUGUCGCCGUUUUUUUGGAAAAAUACGCCACAAUACAUAUGUUUUAGACACCGCCUCCAAGAUUUAUGCACAUAUUUCACAUCUUCUCUGGCAACGUUAGAGCACCAGGUCCGUCUGUAUGAAGACAUUUCUUGCAACAUAUGGUGUUUAUGAAACCACAAAGUGAAAGAUCGUGUGAUAGAGAAGGUGUGGAUAACGUGUCAAGAAUAUUCAGAUUUCACUUACAGCAGCUGUAAGGAUUGUUUUCACUCACUGUAAACUUCUUGAUUUGACACAAAGUCGUGCUUUUUUUUAAUUAACUCCUCCCACAGUAUGGUACACACAAGUGUGUACCAUACUGUGGGAGGAGUUAAUUAAAAAAAAGUGAAAGAACACGGGUGAGUCAGCCGCUGUUCUCACCCGUGAAAGAACACGGGUGAGUCAGCCGCUGUUCUCCUGCCACACCUGCACUUACUCAAAUAGUUUCCCCCCCGUGCUCCGAGUUCCUCUUUG